AGCAGAGAAAAAGCAAGAAAGAAAAGGAAAACAUAAAAGAAAAGGUAGAAAACAAAGACAAAAAAGGUUCUCAAAUUAACCUCCAUGCCAUGAUUCAAAUUCUCUCGAGAAAAUAACUCUUUGGUUUCCCCUGCUACUUAAUUAACCUCUUCAAACUUUCUACGAAGUUUUGUUUGGAAGCUGCAAGGAAACAAAACCCAGGUCAUCAAAAGUAAACACAUAAUACAAAGUGUGAAAAAGAAAGGUUUUUGGGUAAAUCAGUCAAAGGGCACAGCAUGAAUAGAGGAGUUUUGCAGAGCUCACCGGUGCAGCAGAUGAUGGCCGGAAACCCUAAUUUGUGGAACAUCAAUAGCAUGAGGCCGCCCUCUUCACCCCAAACCUCUCCUUUUUUGCCGCAUCCUAAUUUCUUCCCUCCUCCUUCCUCUUCUUCUUCUUGGGAUGAUAACCAGGGGCUUCCUGAGUCGUGGAGUCAACUCCUCUUUGGUCGAAUGGUGGAGGAAGAUGAAAGGGGGCAUCUUCAUGGGAAGAAGAUGGAGAGCUGGGAGGAACAAGUAUUGCAUCAUUCCUCCACUUCUUCAGCUGUGAAUGUGAAGCGAGAAAACCAUCAAAACAGCUUUAUAUAUGGACUUGCAAAUGAAGAAUUCCAGGCAGCACCAUUAAAACCUACUUGGUCACAAAUGAUGCCUGUUUCAUCGCCGAAGUCAUGUGUCACAAGUUUCAGCAGCAACAUGUUGGAUUUUUCCACCAACAAAGCUGAUGGGAGACACCCACCACCGGAUCCAUUUUCUGAGUGCAAUAGCACUGCGACUGGUGGGGCGGCGAAGAAAGCCAGGAAUCAGCCUGCUGCUGCAACCCAAUCAAAGUUGAAGGUGAGGAAGGAGAAGCUAGGAGACAGAGUUACUGCCCUUCACCAGCUGGUUUCUCCAUUUGGAAAGACUGACACAGCCUCAGUGUUGUUAGAAACUAUUGGGUACAUCAGAUUCCUUCAGAGUCAAAUUGAGGCUCUCAGCCUACCGUACUUGGGUGUGAGGCAGCAGCAACAUCCUGUUCAAGGAGAGAGGAAUUGUAUAUUUCCUGAAGACCCUGGUCAGCUUCUGAAUGAUAACUGCAUCAAGAGGAAAGGGGCCUCUGAGCAGGAGUUGGUUGAAGAAGGAAAGAAAGAUCUGAGGAGUAGAGGGCUGUGCCUGGUUCCAUUAUCAUGCACACUGCAAGUCGGGAGCGACAGUGGAGCGGAUUACUGGGCUCCGUCGUCUCUGGGCGGAGGGUUUCGGUAGAGGAAGAGAAGGUUUCUGAUUAAUUGAUGGCGGUACACUCGACGAUAUAACAUCAUGAGCAGUCACUCUACUGAAAUCUAAGGCUGAUUGCUCAUGAUGAUAUACAAUCUUUCUGAAAGGAUGUGCUCCAAUUUACAUUGAUUAUGAGCUUUCUCCAUUAUCUGCGAUUUGGUGUAUAUUUAUGCAGCUGUAGUUGUAUCAGCAUUCAUUUAAUCAGGCUGACUCAGUAAAACCUUUUUAUUAGCUUCAAUUCUUGUUCAGUCAAUAUGAAGGUUAGCAUUACAACAA